AUGAGGGCGACACACUCAUCUUUGUCAGUGAACAAAAUGGCGUCUUACUGCUUAACUGUCACAAGGCUGCGGCUCGCCCUUGGAACCGGGGCGAGGCGUUUUCAUGUCUCCGCAGCCUUCAGCGCCAAGGCCAAGGUGGCCAUGAGCCGCUUUGAGCCCAGCUCCACCAUUAACUAUGAGAAGAUGCACGAGAACAUCAACAUUGUGCGCAGGAGGCUCAGCAGGCCUCUCACUCUGUCGGAGAAGAUUGUGUACGGUCACCUGGAUGAUCCAGCAGGGCAGGAGAUCGACCGUGGCCGCACCUAUCUGCGCCUGCGUCCAGACCGCGUGGCUAUGCAGGAUGCUACUGCUCAAAUGGCAAUGCUUCAGUUCAUCAGCAGUGGGCUGCCCAGGGUGGCGGUUCCCUCCACAAUCCACUGUGAUCAUCUGAUUGAGGCUCAGAUCGGAGGGCCUGAGGACCUGCAGAGGGCCAAGGAAGUAAACGAGGAAGUGUACAACUUCCUUGCCACUGCUGCUGCCAAAUAUGGAGUAGGCUUCUGGAAACCCGGUUCAGGCAUCAUCCAUCAGAUCAUCCUGGAGAAUUAUGCCUAUCCUGGAGUGAUGCUGAUUGGUACAGACUCCCACACUCCCAAUGGCGGUGGACUGGGGUCCAUCUGUAUUGGAGUGGGUGGAGCUGAUGCCGUGGACGUCAUGGCUGGAAUCCCUUGGGAGCUCAAGUGUCCUAAUGUGAUUGGAGUGAAGCUGACAGGAAGCUUGUCUGGCUGGACCUCUCCAAAGGAUGUCAUCCUGAAGGUGGCUGGCAUCCUGACUGUGAAGGGCGGAACUGGUGCCAUUGUGGAGUAUCAUGGGCCUGGAGUAGACUCCAUCUCCUGCACUGGAAUGGCCACUAUCUGUAACAUGGGUGCUGAGAUUGGAGCCACCACAUCCAUUUUCCCCUACAACCACCGCAUGAAGACGUACAUGGAGAAAACCGGCCGUGGAGAGAUUUCUGCCGUGGCUGAUCACUUCAAAGAUGACUUGGUCCCAGAUAAUGGCUGUGAAUACGACCAGGUCAUAGAGAUUAACCUGAGCGAGUUGAAGCCCCACAUCAACGGACCGUUCACCCCUGACCUGUGUCACCCUGUGUCUGAGAUCGGAGCCACAGCUAAGAAGAAUGGCUGGCCCCUGGAAGUUAAAGUUGGUCUCAUCGGCAGCUGCACCAACUCAAGCUACGAGGACAUGGGCAGGGCGGCCUCUCUGGCCAAGCAGGCUCUGGAUAAAGGUUUAAAGUGCAAGGCCCAGUUCACGGUCACCCCCGGCUCUGAGCAGAUCCGCGCCACUAUCGAGAGAGAUGGAUAUUCCAAGAUCCUGAGUGAUGUUGGUGGCAUCGUCCUCGCCAAUGCGUGUGGACCCUGCAUUGGACAGUGGGACAGGAAGGAUGUGAAAAAAGGAGAGAAGAAUACGAUUGUCACAUCCUACAACAGGAACUUCACUGCUAGGAAUGACGCUAACCCAGCUACUCAUGCUUUUGUCACCUCUCCUGAGAUUGUCACUGCCAUGGCGAUUGCCGGGACCCUCGACUUCAACCCAGAGACCGACUACCUGACCGCUGCAAAUGGAGAGAAGUUCAAGCUGGAAGCCCCCACCGGUGACGAACUCCCCUCAAGAGACUUCGACCCGGGCCAGGACACCUACCAGUACCCCCCUGCCGAGGGCAGCUCAGUAAUGGUGAACGUGAGCCCCACCAGCAACCGUCUGCAGCUUCUGGAGCCCUUCGACACGUGGCAAGGAAAAGACUUGGAGGGCAUGAGGAUCCUCAUCAAGGUGAAGGGAAAGUGCACCACUGACCACAUCAGUGCUGCCGGGCCCUGGCUGAAAUUCCGCGGCCACCUGGACAACAUCUCCAACAAUAUGCUGAUUGGUGCAGUCAACAUUGAUAAUGAUGCCGUCAACAAGGUCAAGAACCUGCUGACAGGAAAGUUUGGAGGUGUGCCUGAUGUGGCCCGCCACUACAAGGCCAAUGGAGUGAACUGGGUGGUGGUUGGAGAUGAGAACUAUGGAGAAGGUUCCAGUAGGGAGCAUGCUGCCCUGGAGCCACGACACCUCGGCGGACGCGCCAUUAUCGUCAAAAGCUUUGCCAGAAUCCACGAGACGAAUCUGAAGAAGCAGGGCCUGCUGCCUCUGACCUUUGACGACGCCAAGGACUACGACAAAAUUCGCCCUGAUGACAAGAUUUCAAUCACUGGGCUGCCAUCCCUUGUUCCUGGCAAGCCCCUGACGGCAGUGAUCGAGCACAGCGAUGGCAGCCAGGAGUCCAUCACUCUAAACCACACCUUCAAUGAGACGCAGCUCGAGUGGUUCAGGGCUGGCUCUGCUCUCAACAGGAUGAAGGAGCUCCAGUAAUCGAUGGAGAGGAGAGAGGUGGGGCCUGUAGAGGCCACUGAGGGGAGAAAUGUGGGCCAAGAGAGGGGCUUUGCAAAGAGGAAGCGACAAUGUGAACGAUAGAUGGUAACCAGACUGGUUGGUGUUAUCGUUGGUUUAGGGGACAGCUGUAGUCAUGGUCAGUUAAAGAAAACACACACACACACACACACACACACACACACACACAUGGUCGCUGUACGGAUAAAAAAGCGCACAUACACACAAGCACGUACAUGCACAGACAGGAUUAUUAUGAAGGCUCUCCCUGAUGACAGACAGAAUUACACAAACACACUUAAAAGAAGCUUAGCAGUGUGUCUUUUAAUAGGCAGCAUCCUCAGUUUAACAUCAGAUUCAGUCAAGCUUAGGUGUUCAUAGGUGGUACCCUGCAGCGUUCAGCUCACUGUUUUAUACAAAGACGCUCAUCUUUCUCUCUGAAACGUGGCGUUUAUUCUCCAAAUGAUGUGAAAAUACAGGCUGGUGGAAGCAUUAACAUGAAGCAUAAUUCAUUAUCAGCUCCACUAUAUACACCCACCGUAUAUGGCAGUAUACAAAUCUGAUUCAGCCCUGGAAUCAUUAAAGUUAGAUGCACUGUUUGUCUCAAUAGUUUCCAUCCAAACAGCUCAAUAAGCUCACCGUGUUGUUCAACUCGCAUUGAUGUACUUUCCCUCAUUUCCUGCAGAACAUCUUUCCCACAUGCUCUCUAUUAUAAUAAUGCACUCCACUAGUUGUCCUUCCUUUCCCUCCUGUAGUAAGUUGCUAGAGUUGCCAUCAUUGACUUAAACAAGCGUUUCCAUGCUAAUUGUAGUUUGGAACCACACCGUAAACAAUCUACCUGGCCUACUCAUUUACUAUAAGCAGUAUCCUUGAAAUCCCAUCAGCCCCUGCACUGUUAUUGGAGCCCAGUCUGCAUCACUUGGUCUGAGACCCUGUGAUUUCAUGCUGCUGCUGUUGCACUUUUUUACCUUGUGCUUACCCAAACUGCUACAUUUCGGCCAACAUGUGAAUCUGUGUUCACUCCCAGCUGCUCUUCUAUUGGUUGUUUGCGCGUUCUCUCUCUUUUUGUAUGAUAUAACACCCCAUUGUGUGAAAACUUGGUACUAGAACAACCAACCACAACACAGACUGCCAUUAUGUUGGCACUACCCUUGCUAUUUUCUUUUCUUUUUGUGUGUGUGUGUGUGUGUGUGUGUGUGUGUGAUGCAUGGUUGUUUUAAUUGAGUUAACAUCAGUCUGUCUUCACAUCUGUGUGUUCCUCUUUGUUCAUCCUGUCUCUCUUGUUGAUCUCACCAGGCUAGUUCAUGCAGGGCAAACCAGAACCUGGUUUGGGGACAUAGGCUGUAAUCAAAUUAGUGUUGCCAGAAAUCCAAUUUGUAAUGUACAUUCUGUUGUAUCAUAUAGACACAGGAAAUCGUCUGUGCCCGUCGGAAAUUGAAGCACAACAUUGUCCCAAAAAGUCAGCUGCGAUGUCCCGAGAAAGCUCUUCUCUUUGAUGGUAGCUCUUUUGUCUCAUCGUCCCAAUGAAAUCCUCUGGAACAAAGCUUCACAGACGUUCUGUUAUUGUGGUCUGUCAGUGUUUUAAAGUGUUUCAGUUUGUCCUCACCGCCAUCUGGAGUUGCCAGCAUGUGAAAUUGCCUCAUGUAGCUGCAAUGGGAGAUGACAUGAUGUGUUUGUGUCCUUAGCAUUGAUUGUUUUUCUUCAUUGGUUUGGUCCUCCAUAGCAUGAGGAGGCCGGCUGUCUUCUUGCACACACUAACGCACAAUCUAGUGUCCAGAUGCCUGUACACUAGCACUUUGUAGAGUUAGGAAAGUAGUUUUAGGUGUGCUUUGCCACGCUUCCUUUAUCCUCUGCAAACCUCUGUUGUGUGUGUGUGUGUGUGUGACUCUAUAGGACAUAUUAUACUCAUUAUUGAGACACACUUUUUCAGACUGUAGAAAAUUAUUCGAGAUCCUUUUCUUGUGUUAAGUCUUGCCAUGAUGUACACCUCCUGUAGGCCACUGAAAUAGUCUGGUGAUAUGUUUUUGUGGGAUGUUUGAGGUCUUUGUUGCUAUGUUUUUUUUUUUGCGUGGGAGUACGCUGUUUAGCUCAUCAUCUAGAAAGUCUUUAAAGCCGUCACUUCAUUCGUCAGUAGAGGAAGACACCGCUUUAGAUGUACUAAAACAAUAGUGUGUGUGUAAAUUAUGAUUUAUUUAUUUAUUUAUUUAUUAAAUAAAUAAAGGAGCGAGAGAGCAAGUAACAUGCUGUGGUGUGCUGCCUAUCUAAAUGAGAGUUGUUAACUCUGUGACGACUCGUAACAUAACGUCAUGAAAUGGUGUGUCCUCUGUGGUCUUCGUUGACCUAAUGGUUUCACAAACCACUUUUGGAUUGUGUGUGUGUGAAAUUAAAAGCAGAUACUUGAUUGUAGCGGUCGGUUGCUGCUGGGCUCAGACGGUGAAGAGGGACUUGGAAUUUCUAGGAAGGGUCUUGGUGGCUUUGUGUAUAUUUCUUAAUCGUUUAGUUUUAGUUUGGUUCAAAUCCUGUUCAGGAACAGAGGUGAUUAGAAACUGCAGCAGCCCAACUUUAAAGACGUUUUGGACAUUAAUGAGUUCAUGAAGGGGUCAUGUGUUCCCAAAUUUAACAUUUUGAGAGCGCCAUGUUUUCAUUCCCUCUUCUUUAAACCCAUCACUUUGAUGGUUAAACACCCCUCACCACUGUAACAGAUGUACUGCCAAAGAUGCCUAAUGGAAAAUACUGACAUGUUAGGAAGUAAUGGUUAACCAUAAAUUGUUUAUGAGAAAUCAUCAAUUACUGUGUGCUCUUUCAAAAAAAUCGCCCUGUGCAUAAUUAUAUGCGUCAAACAGGGUGUUGUUACCGCCAGAAUUCACCAGGAUCAAUGUUUAUCAAUAAAACCUCUUCGAAAGUACGUUUAAUCAUCCUUUGUCCUCUGUCAGCACAUUUAAAACAGCCUUGUGUGAAGCAGUUUGCUCAUUCUGUGUUGUAAGAUGAUGCUUUGUUGUGCAGGAGUUUAAAAAGCGCUACUGUAGAGUGACAAAUCAAAUGAUGUUGUUCAUGAAGGCAUGCCCAUUGUGUCAUGUUGUACUCAGGUGUGCUCUGUUUGGUUUCCUCUGAUGCGUUUGAAGACAAUUUUACAACAUGCUUCACUUGUUUGGAUAGAGCAAAUAAAUAUGGAAUAUGAACAUCUGCUUUAUUACAGUGAUGAUUCCCCUCACACUCCGGUUUCAGCAUUACACUUUUGUAAAGUAGAUGAUGCAAAACGCCUGCAGUUGUAUUGCUUGAGAGAUUGAACAUGUCUUGACAUCAACAUAAUAACCAGUAAAUUAAUAAAGAUAAAGUUGUGAAUGUG